AAAUGCGACAUUUUCGUUAUUUUUUUUUUAUGAGCUAAAUGAACAGAAGUAGUAUUAGAAAAUGUAUUCGAUUAAGAAAGUCUCAAAAACUACAUAAAACUCAUGUAGAAAGCCAUCAAUGUAUUAAAUUAGGUUGUUUAGUAGAAUCUCAACUAUGUUUAUCACGGACGGCUUACUCAACAGAAAGACGCCGGUAUGCAGCCGCACCUACUUGUGGACAGACGUGUUGACUUCAGUGAAGCUGCUCCACCGAAUAUCCUUUUCUUUCUGCCGUCACUGUCCACCCUGAUCAUAUCACAGAUGUGGAAGUAGGAUCAUUACUCUUCUUAAGUUAGGAAAGAAGGCGGAUGCAGGAUAAUCAUAAAUAGCUUAUUUCUCCUACCCCUAGUGGCAAAAGCCAUGCUAGAAGGCGGAUGCAGGAUAAUCAUAAAUAGCCUAUUCCUCCUACCCCUAGUGGCAAAAGCCACGCUAGAAUUUCUCCCCAACCUGAGUCAGCAUCAAGAAAAGCUAGCCGCAUACACCACACAGAUGAGCGAGGAUCUGCACCCACAUCGGCAUAGUAUAGAGUUACUCCCUCUGUCCCGACGCCGCUGAAACACUACGUUUCCUGGGCCUACCGUUAAUUGGGCUUGACGACAUUUAUUGAAGAAUAAUUCGGUUUAGGCAGGGCGAGGUAGCCGCUAUAACAACAACAACCGCUAACGUCGACCUUAUAAUAGGACGGUGGAUAAACUGCUAUUUAUAUGAGUGGACGUCAAUCGUUAUGGGAAUUCCGUAAAGCUAGUCGAAAUUUUCAACAGGGCGCUCCCAAAACGGCGUACUCUCCUGGACCUCUGCAUCACCAAACUCCCUCCGUCACCAGCUGUACUGUGUUUUGUGACAAAAUCUAAAAUCUCGAGAACUAGAACAGAUAGCGAUGGCGAAUUCAGCAACAAUAGCGCAUACCUACACCACUUGAAGAAGCAUGUGCCGUUAAAAGAAAUGACGACCCUGAUAUCGGAAGCACUUCGCCAUCGACAUCGUCCGCUUCCUCGGCCUCAGGCUCGCCGAUGCAGAAACUUCAGAAGACACCAUUUGACGAGACCCCUAGAGGUUGAGCACUUCAGCUAUAAAAACGGCAAAGGAUUGAUAACUUCAUAUGGUGUCACCACCGGCCUAUUCUUAGCUAUGUUUAUGGGUCUAGAGCUUUUUAGAACUAACCUCCUUGAGUCUAGCGAUCGGCGAAAAAUAAUUCAUGGCCUAUCAGUGUCUUCGUCCUUUUAUAUGAAAUAGAAAUAUAGAUGAAAGGGUCCAAAUCCACCCUUCCUUCGGUCGACAUAGUCAUGCGUCGAGUGACCAAAAAGCUGCCAAAACCAAAUGCGCCUCUUGUCUUCAUCAGCGGUGAAUUCCAUGUGGCCAUAGGUAAGGCAUAAGCCUCAAAAGCCAUUGUUCCCGACGGAAUAUGCAAGCUGAUGGUGAAAAGAAUGGGUCCAUCGACUGUAGAUUACCUCACGAAGGUCCUAAAUCUGUCAAUGACCACUCUAAUUAACGUGUAAAAAUUGGGAAUAGUGUCUCUCUCCUGACACCAGGGAAAAUUGCCAAUAAAGGUUGAGCCCCAUGUAGGCGGGUGUAGGCGGCACGACUUGGCGAUAGAUCAGUUCAAAGUUUCCCAUAUCAGAUUUUGGAUCCAAUCGACGAUCGAUGACUACUGCAAAGAGAAGACAAGGCAUAAUUGAGUUUGGGCAAGCUAAUGUGGAGUUAUUGAAGGCGUUGGAAUUUGGUGGUUAAAACAUUGUGGACACAUGCGCGCCGUCACACUGGUCGUUGCACCCAAAUCGGGGCUUGAAUUGAUCUCGAUCAACCACGGAUAGAAAUCCUCGCAUAUCAUAAAAUCUGCACCGAAUAAUUCGAAUGUAUUUGGACGACGAUCAAUAUUUUCUUGCGAUGCCAACAUUGUGCCAACGAUAGCCUUCUUCAUACCCGGAUAGAUGCGCUCCUGCCACAUAUCAUAUUUGCCGAUUUGACGCAAAUAAGCUUGAAAUGAAUAACAAUCCCACAUAUUCUCUAUGGGUAGGCGUUUAUCCCGUUUACCAUUAUUGUACUUCUUUUGAAUGGCGUGAUUAGUCAAAUGUACCGAUUCGUGAUGAUUACUCAGGCUAUACUCCUGUGAGCUGAAACGCAAAUAACUAUCUUUGUACAUCCAAACGACAAGUGGUUGCACGUUGGUUAUGAGAAACCACUGACGAAUAUCGAACUUGGUAUGGUGUAUGGUUAGAGGACGUUCUGCAAAGGAGAGCGAGAAACGCUCAUUCUCCUUCCGAUUGCGGCGUUCGAUCGGCGAUGGCGGCAGCACGCACAGCAAGAAUAGCAAUAACAAUAGCAGCACUUGCACCAACAACAAUUCGUUGUUGUCACCUGUAACCAGCGCCAAACUGGAGGUGCCCAAUUCCAGUGCGUCGGUAAGUCGACGCAGCAGCAUCUACAAGAAGCCGGACAAGGAUGAUAGCGGCAUCAUACACAUUGUACCGGACAUUGAAUUACCAUUAAUGGCUUUCUCCGAUCAGUACGAUAUCGAAAAGACUUUGGCGGAGGGCUGCUUUGCGCGUAUACUACUCACUCAUCAUCGGCCCACGAAUACGACAGUCGUACUGAAGGCGGUGCAUGCUGAAUUGGCCACACUGAAGGAUUUCCAAAAAGAGUUUCAUCUCAACUAUCAGCUCUCACAUCAUCGUAACAUACUAAGCGCCUACAAUGUGGCCUUCCAGACCAAGGACUACUAUGUGUUUGCUAUGGAACAUGCGCCGUAUGGCGAUUUGGCGGCCAAUAUCGGACCGCAUGGCUUGCACGAGUCCGCUUGCAAGACCAUUAGCGAGCAGCUAAGUUCCGCGCUCGGUUUCAUGCAUUCGAAGAAUUUGGUGCAUCGCGAUCUCAAGCUGGAGAAUGUGUUGGUCUUUGCGCCGGAUUUCUCGCGCGUCAAGCUGUGCGAUUUUGGUACGACCACGAAGAAGGGACUGCUGGUGCAUAAGGUGAAGCACACAUGGACUAGUUGCGUGCCGCCCGAGGUGCAUGAGAUUGUCAAAAAUGAACGCUUCAUCUGCAUGCCAUCCAGCGAUUCGUGGCAAUUUGGCAUUUUGUUGUACAACAUAUUGACGGGCAGUCCGCCGUGGAACAUGGCCGAUUGGGUGAAAGAUACACAAUAUGCGAGCUUCAUGAAGUACGAACAGCGCAAGACGACAAAAAUACCCGACAACUUCCGACGUUUCUCGCCGCGUCUAAUGCGUUGCUUCCGCAAGUAUUUAACACAAGAUCCGGAGGAUCGUUGCAAAGUAACCGAGGUCACGAAAUACAUGAAGGAUCGUUGGGUCGAAUGCCGUAUAGCGACGUCGAAAUCAGCUUUGCUCAUUUCACCAAAUCCCGAUCAGGAUUCGUGCAUCUACUUGAAUAAGCGCGAGGGACGGUUAUCGGGCGAUGACAAUAAGCUGAAGUUGAAGCGUAUGAUGUCCAGUUAUGGCUUGGAUAAUUCCAUCGAUCAGACAGUGGUGCGCAGGCGUGUCAUCGAAUGGCUAUCGACGUGCGACAGCAAUUUCGAUUCGGAGAUAGAAAGUCUAGCUGCACUCGAGGUGGCUAAUUAGGAAGUAGUAGGCGCGUGGAAGGAUACGAGAAGCGCGCAUUAAAAAUUUGGUUUAAGUUAUUGAAUGCGUUUGCUUGCUUGCGGCAAACAGCGUUGAGUAGCGGAGUAGCGGCUAAUGCAACUCUAAGGGCAACAGUUCUGGAGUACUACUACGCGGCGGCAUAAGACAACAAUGAUUACGCCGGCAUAUGUAUGUACAUAUGUGUGUAUGUAUAUAUGUAGUAGGUGAUCAUCACGAAAACGAAGAGGUGAAAAGAGGAUGUUGGUAGAGGCGAGCAAUUCAAUACAGGUCAUAUCGACAAUAAGUCAUAAUCGAGUAUCAACUCUGCACAGAAGAAUUUAUUGUAUAAGAUUACACGAAAGAGAGAGAGAGAGGGAGAUGAAAGUGAAUCGUAUUCGCGUAAUGAGCCAACUGAUAUACAACACUUAUACGAUUUAAUGAAAAACAACUCAGAAAAUAUACAAAUGUAGGCAACUAUAGCAUACAAAAAAUGUUUCACUUUCGAGCGUCGAAAAUAAUGCAUUAUCUAAUUUCGAAUUUUAAUUCCAUGUACAAGUUUUCACUGUAAAUUAGUUGCGUAGAUUUAGAAAAAAAUGUGCACGUAGCUACUAAGUAUGUUUGUAUGUAUGUAUGUGGUAUAUUUUAGGUUUAAACGGCCAAUACAAAAAAAAAAAAAAAAAAAAAAAUGCACCUCUGGGGUUCUAAAAUUAAAGUUGAAAAGGAUUACUAUUUAUGGCAGACACAUUGAAUAUAUUUUAAUAUAUUUUAAUAAAUUUUAAUAAAUUUUAAUAAAUUUUGUUUUUGUUUAU